UUCUAUAGAUUAUUGGCUCAGUAAUGAAGUCACUGAUAUUGCCGUUGUUGGUAUUGGUCCUCCUUUGCCUGGUUGAAGGACACAGGCGACCGAGGAGGCAACUUGAAGUUUGGGUACGACCAGAAAAAGGCCAACCGCCACCAACACGUGAAUGUCAGCCGUGGGACAGGUUUUGCCGACCAGGAGGCUAUUAAAAUUAAUACACCUUUAAAUAAAAAUUUUUCAAAAUGUUUCCUUAAAA